AUGCUGACACGGCAACUCUUUUUAACCGUGUUUAACGUUGACAUCUGCUCGUUAGACGUUGAGAUGAGCAUUGUUAGAAUGACCGAUUUCUUCAUGCGCCUCAAGACUCUCGCUCCAGGUCGUCUUCAAGUUUCUAUUAUUCUGCUUCACCUAAGAUGCAUUUUUUCGACCGGUCUGGUCACCACGACGCUCUGGUCCACUCUGAGGCAGGUCCCGAUGGCCCAUUAUGGCCGACUUCUACCUGAGCAAAUGGGAAUGGAUGAGACCGGCCGGCUUCAGUCGAGCUAG